AUGACAUUCGAAGAACAGAUACGAACAAAUAGUAAGCGAUUCCAGUUGCUGAUGAAACAAUUAUCCGAUACGGAGUGGAGUGAAACUGCACUAGCCGAUGCUAAAUCUCGUUUAAGCGCUUGCGUACGUGAAAUUCACGCGAGUCAAAUGAAGAUUAAAUCGUGUCAAAUCGCAGCUGAUAAACAACAUCAACGGUUUGUUGGCAUCAAGAAGAUCGGAGUUCGAUAUAUUUGGUAUAAAGUUCGACGUCGAUACGGUCAACUCGUCGAUGAACAAGCAAAAGCAUGGUUACGAGAGUUUCGCAAAUGUCAGGAUGAACAACAACGACUGACUGCAUUGAAAGAAGAAAUAGUUGUUGCUCAAAAAAAUCUUCACCACUGUCAACAGAAUUAUGAACAAUAUACACAGACGAGACAAGAACUGAACGAACUGUUGGAUCAGUUGUUUUCGUUGACUGAACCUCCGCAUCCUUAUGAAGACGCUCUUAAACAAGAUAUAAAGAAGAAACAAGAAUACUUACUCAUUUUACAAGGCAACAGCCGCAUAUUUAGGCAUGUCUUUCAUAUUUUAACAAAAGCGCAGCGAGCUAUUCUCAUCGCACAGCAAGCAAUUGCUGGUGCAUUAAAUAUGAACACAUUGAAUAAAUUUUCGCGUUAUAUAUUUGGCCGUACAAUUAUCAAUUCAUAUUUGUUUAAAGCUAAAGAUGCAUCGACUCAACUACAAGAACUGCUGAAUGAAGUUAAAGGUAUUCGUUCAGAACUUUCACUUCUCAGCCAUGUUUACAUUCAAAAUGAUGAUGUGAUUCUGAAUACUUUGUUCAACAAUCUAUGUAAGAACAAACUCGACGAGUCAUCGAAUGAUGUUGCUUCUUUACACACUAUGUUAUUCACUGCCCUCAGUCAAAUUAAAGAACAAAUGGAAAGAUGCGAAGUUGAACGAAAUCAAACGAUAAAAGAUGUGAACCGGCUGACAAAAAUACAUUUUGUUUUACGAUGUGCUAUUGUCAUUAGUACUAUUGAAUCAUCCUCCGCGGAUCUAUGGUCGUGA